AUGACAGGGAUCGCUCGAUGCCGCGACAAUGCAGGGUUCAGAAGGGGCGCACGCGGCCUUGGUUUGCUAUAUAAAGCCCGCUCUACCUCCCGAACCAUACCUCACGCCCGUCAAACUCAUAGCUACCCCUCUGUCCAUACGUCUCGGCCCUCUGAAGCACAAGCACCUUGUAAAGCAUGGCUUUCCGUCUACCUAUUGCCGUCGUUUUCCUCUCACUCUUCGCUCUUUCUACCGCAGCUUCUAACCCGUUCCCGAAGUGCCGAGGCUCCGCCAGGUACAGGGUCACUUUUCACAACCGCCUUACCCCCGGCAACUUCCGUGGUCUCAUACCAGACACCGGUCUCGUGUUCUCGCCACUCGCCGGCGUGACUCACUCCAACCGCGUCUCACUCUUCACUAUCCGUGGUUUCGCCAACAAGCCCACCGAGAUCCUCGCCGAGACCGGUGACAAUACGCGCUACAUCCGCCGUGCCGAGCGACUCCGCACUGCCGGGCGAGGUGUGCUUUCAGUCGUGGACGCCGGAGCACCGACGCUUCCCGGGAACUCCACCUCGCUCUUCGUCAGAGUGAACUGCCGUCAUCCGUUCCUCACCGUGAUCGGCAUGAUCGCUCCGUCGCCGGACUGGAUCGUGCAGAUCAACAACAGGAACCUGUUCGACACGGAGAAGAACCGGUUCAUGCGUUCGGAUAGGGGAACGCUGAUUGCAUACGACACUGGGGUGGAUGACGGGCGCGAGUUCACGCCUCCGCUGGACUUGAGCUUAGACAAGCCGACUCGGCCUCAGAAGAACAUUGCGCCGCUUGUGGAGGAUGCGACGGACCGGUUCGAGGGCCGGGUUGUCGGCACGUUCCGCAUCAGGCGGAUUGCUUAGGUAUGUGCGAGUAUAUAUAAUGGAGCUGUUGCGAGAAGAAUAAUUUGUGACGAAUUUGCUUUCUCGGCAAGGAGCAUCAAUUGAUAAUUGCUCGUAUUUUUCCGCAUGGGUGUGAAAAGUUGAAUUAAAUAUGUGAUUCUAA